AUGCUGGAUCUAGACGCCUGCAUAGAGAAGCUCUACAAGUGCGAGCCGAUAUCCGAGCACGCAGUCAAAUGGAUUUGCGAAAAGGUGAGGGAACUGCUCGUAAAUGAGCCAAAUGUGCUCUGCCUCUCCUCGCCGCUCACCGUCGUUGGCGACGUCCAUGGACAGUUCUACGACGUGAUCGAGCUUUUCCGAAUCGCCGGCUACGUGCCGGACACCAACUACCUGUUCCUCGGCGACUUUGUCGAUCGCGGGCAUCACAGUGUCGAAACGGUGUCGCUGCUCCUCGCCCUCAAGCUUCGCCACCCGCACCGAGUGCACCUGCUCCGAGGCAAUCACGAAUCGCGAGCCAUCUCGCUCACCUACGGCUUCUAUGCCGAGUGCAAGAAGAAGUAUGGCAACCCCAACGUCUGGAGGUACUUCAUGGAGGUCUUCGAUUUCCUGACCAUCUCAGCCACCAUCGACAACAAAAUCUUCGCUGUUCAUGGAGGCCUAUCGCCCGAGAUCCUCUCGCUGGAGCAGAUCAAGGUGCUCUAUCGCUUCGGGGAGAUCCCCAUGGAGGGUGCCAUUGCCGACCUCAUGUGGUCCGACCCCGAGCCCGACAAGGACGGCUUCUAUCUUUCACAAAGGAACGCCGGGUAUACGUUUGGGGCCGACGUGGUACUGUGGGAUGACAAGCUGUCCACCGUGUGGUCCGCCCCCAACUACUGCUACCGCUGCGGCAACGUGGCUUCCGUGCUGGAGAUAUCCGAGAGUGGCGAUCGUCACUUCAACGUCUUUUCCGCCGCGCCGGAGAACACAAGGGCCACGCCGGAGGCCAACGUGCCCGACUACUUCCUGUAG